AAAGAUAACCAUGUGAUGGAUGGCGAUUUUGCGGGAUGCGUCUUGGUUGAUUCUCCUCGCUGGAUCUGGUCCGUGCUGAUCUUCUCUCUUUUCUCUGAUCUUCAUCCCUCUUCUCUAUCUACUGCCCCUGUCUGGCCAAUGCUUAAUUCACCAGUAGAAUUGAAUUCUGGAGGGGUUCGUAAUCCGAGGGUUUCCCCGAUUGUGAACCCUCUCCCUUCUGGUAAUAUUGUAGACUUGUUGGAACAGGUUACGGUUCUUCGUACUGAUCAUUUGCAGACUUCUCCCACUGGUCGCCAGAAUAAUGAUGGAACUGGUUGGUUGAAACAAAUUGUUGGGUCCUCUUGGAGCACUAUUGUUUCUGGAGGUGCUGGUGGGUCUACUCCUGGUGCUGUUGCUGAAAGAAUGCAGUUUGAGUAUAUUCCCCCUACAAUUUUGAAUGAUAGGAUUGUGGUAACUCCCCCAGUGGAAGUUGAGGAGUUGGGCCACCCCAAAUGGCAGAGGUGUAUCGUUGGGCAUUUUCUGGACAAGAAGCUAACCUUUUCUGCAGUUCGGAAUAUUGCUAUGAGGAUAUGGGAAAGGCUUGGUAUUCGUGAGAUUCUUUCUAAUGAUAAGGGCUUCUUCUUCUUAUUCAUGUUUGAGGGGGAGAAAUUCAGACAGUUGCUGGAGCUUGGUCCAUGGCACUUUGGAGAUAAACUGCUUAUUCUCAAAUUGUGGCAUCCUCACCUGAAAUUGGAAAAGGAGCGGCUAUCCAAAAUUCCUCUUUGGGUUUACUUUUUUAAUGUACCACUGGAAAUGUGGACAGGUCCUGGUCUUAGUCACAUAGCUUGUUCGGUUGGGCGUCCCUUGUAUGCUGAUCGAUUGACGAAGUCAAGGCAUAGGCUAAACUAUGCCAAAAUCUGUGUGGAGGUGGAUUGUUUGUCCCCGCUACCUGAAUCUUUUGAUUUGAAAUAUGCUAAUGGAGAUAUGGAGGUGAUUAGAAUUCAGCACCCAUGGAAACCUCAAAUUUGUUCUGUGUGCCAAGUUUUUGGUCAUAGUGAGGGUACUUGUCCAUCUAAAGUGAAUGAUAAGGAGCAGGGUAAUGGAGGUGUGGUUGGAGAUCAGGGGAAGGCUGUUCAGGUCAAUGGAUGGCAGGUGGUGGGUACUCGAAAGGAAAAUAGUUCUGGUUUGGGGGGUCUAAGAUCCGCCGUAUCUCUCCAGGCAGCACAAGUGUCUACAAGUAAACCUAUCUCUGGCUUGCAACUUCCUACUGUUGUGUCACCUGUGAAUGGGGAAAGCUCUUCUGGUCCAAAAUUGAUGGCGAGGGUGAAUUCUGUCCCUGUUCAAAGUAAGCUGGAUGUUCCGGGAAGUGGGAGGCCUCUUGAUAAAGGGCGCUCUGGUGUGAAGGCAGUCUCUGAACCUAGUAGAUUUGCUGUAUUGGAUGCCUUAGGGCUUAGUGUUGGGUGUGAAUCUAAUGAAAUGGAUGUUUCUCUUCCAGAUGAAGCUUCUGAUCAAGGUGCGAUGUUAACAUCUGAAAUUGGACUAGAUUCUUCUGAAGUUGAGACAGAUGUUCCUGUUGAGUCUCAGUCUAAGGUUUCUCCUAUUGCAGGUGCUGGUAUGAAAGCUAAAGGAAAAGGUGGGGAGAAAGGUCUUCCUAAAGGAAGGGGGGGAAAGAAGAACAAUCAUUAACAUUCAA